UCUCGUAAAACUUAUAAAUAAAGAAAAGUUUGUUUCUGUAAAAGAAGUUGCAAAAAAAUGUCUUCUAACUAUUAUAAAAGAACUUUCCGUCACGGACAUUACUCGUGGCGUUUCUUUCUGUGUCCUUAGCGGAGGCGCUUCAUUAAAUUUCGAGCACGUGGCUAGUGAACAGAAGAGUUGCAACGAAAGCAAGCAAUCCAAUGAAGAUGAAGCAUUUACUGAAGAGCUGGAAGGAAUGGCUAUAAAAAGUAUGAAAGAGGCAAUCACUGAUAAGUCUCUUCAACCCAGAAGCUUUUUAAAAGUUCUGUCUUUAGAAUGGAUGCAGGUUUUAAUGGAGAACUGUUAUUCUUCAGUUGAGCGAGAUCUUCAUUUUGAUUUGAAGAAAAUAAUAAUUAGUGGUGCAUCUAAAAAUAGGUUUUUAGUCUCCAAGCUUGAUUCGCUGGUCAAUACUGCUUUUGUUGGGGCUACGAGUACUCUAGAUGAGCUGAAAGUUGUUGGGCUUAAAACAUUAACUAAAAUUAUUCACUAUUUUAAAGGAAGUGAAGAUCCCGAGGGAGGGUUUUUGUUAGAGCAGUAUCAGACACAAAUGCGGACGUCCUUAAUAGAAGCUUUUGCAAAUAAGACCAAUCCGAUUGUCCAGGCUUCUGCCUAUAUACUUAGCGCCACGUGGAUCUGCUCAGGCGCAUUUACCAAUAAAGACGACUUGCAAAACAUCCAACAACUUUUAGCGGAACCAUUAAAUAUUAUAAAUUCUGCUUUCACGAAUUUUAGUGAACUCUCAUGCUUAUUGGCCAAAACUUCCCUCUUAAAGUCGUGGGCUCUCAUUCGAUUGGCUUCUUUUCCGAAAGAGCACGCAUCAGUGGCUCCUCGUGCAAUAUCUAUGAAAAUUGUGAUGCCUUAUUUGGAGGCUCUACAAACCGAGUGGCUGAACUUUUUAAGAGAAUAUCUUCUUUUAACCCUUUCACGUGAUUGGAAGAAAUAUUCCAUUUUUUCCACCAUCCAAAAUUCACAUGAUGCAAAUUUUCGUGAAAUUUAUGAGGAUCAUUGGGCUUGUCUUUUAGAGGCGGCGUCUCUUAGUUUUAUUCCAGACAAAACUUUCCCCCAAACUGAUAAGGAACAUUUACCUUAUAAAAGUUUUAACGAAGAACAACUUUUCCUCAUAUUUGCGCUAUGCAUUCGAGGAUUGGCCCUUUCAAACGAAGAGGAAACAAUUUUUUCCGUUUUAGGAGCUCUAAAAAAUAUUUUUUCCGCUGAAAACAUAAUUUUGACGCCCUUAUUAAGCACUUUUACGGACGAGUGUGAUGUGGUUCUUGAAGUGGUGCAUCUUAUGAAACGCCUUUUUGCUUUAGAAGAUAUACACAUUAAAAUACCGGCGUUGGAGGCUCUCACAAAACUUUUAAACCAUGAGCUUCUUUGCUCUAAUUUUUUUCAACAAAAAUUCAUCUUCUCUAAUUUUAGUGAAACAAAAGCUUCUCAUCGUAAAAUUUUUGCCGUGACGGAAUUAUACUUUUACGAGCUAAUCACCCAUCUUCCCGCCAUAUUUGAUGGCGGGGUUUCUUAUUGGAAAAAAGAACAUUUAAUAACGCAAAGCGAACAAAAGUUUUUGGUUUUUUUGCUUGAAUCGUUGACGCAGUUUUGCCAGAAAUUUAAUCUUAAAGAGCUAACUGAGGUUGUAUUUUUCGUUAUAAUCCGUUUGCUCCAUUUUAACGAAUCACCUUUGAGAGAAACUUCACUAAAAAACUUGAAGUUGCUGCUAAAAUUUUUUAGCGAAAAUGAACUUUUAGAGGCCAAUUCCUUUGUGAGUGGUGCUUUUAACGACGUGAUUCAAACUUUAAUGAACUAUAAGUGGACACCGGCUUUUAAUGAAUAUCUACAAACGAUGCUAUUUUCCUUCGCUGCUUUUUGCUCUACUUUUCCUCCAUAUUUGCAAGGAAAAGAAGACACCAUCGCCAAGUUAACGGAACAUCUACUUCUCAGCGACUUUCAUGGGGCGCAAACGGGCGCAGUAAAAAUGCUGAAUUUGUUAAUGAAGCAUCAAAAUCGCGGAAAUUUUGAUGCGUUCAAUUUAUUUUUUUUACUAAAGAAAGUUUUGCCCCGUGUACUGACUGCGUUUCACGUGGCCAUUCAAGAAAAUAGUGACCAAUCAAGUUUAGCCAUUGCGAUAAUGGAUUUUUUGGUUGAACUCAUUUCCUGCUUCCCGACAACUGAUUUGAUUGCAAUUACCGUUUUUAUGCACAUACUGGCGCUUGAAAGGGGGUGUUCAGAUAUUAAAAACCCUGCGAUGAUUCAUCUCGAUUAUUUAGCUACUAAUCAUUUAAAGGAUUUCAAAUCAGCGCUGAUGCAGCUCCCUUCUACCUUACAAAGUUGUUUUAAACUGAAAUGCCAGCACUACUUUCAAGGCAAAACUAGUUAUACUUCGCCUGAUAAAAGUAACGUUGAGCACUCAAAACCGAAAAUUCAGCUUAAAACUGACUUUAGCAACUUUUAA